AACUCGCUCCUUGUAGCGCAUGCGUAAAUUUCUGUGUAUCACCAUGGCUGCACGACGAAUCGUCGAUGGUCAAUAUACUCAAACUGUGUACUCUUUGAUCAAAGGUCAGAAAUAUGGAGAAUCAAUAGAAAUCUUGUCAUUUGAGCUGCAGAAACAUCCCAAAUCUCGAGCUGCACUAUCUCUUCUUGGUUAUUGUUAUUUUCAUAUGCAAGACUUUCUAUCAGCUGCAGACUGUUAUGAACAAUUGACACUUCUUCAUCCUGAGGUAGACGAGUACAAGCUCUACCAUGCACAGGCACUGUACAAGGCAUGUAGGUAUCCAGAAGCAAUGAAAGUGACAUUCCAGAUUGAAAAUCUUGCGAUGCAGCAAAAGGUUGUCAAACUUCAAGCUGCCAUCAAAUUUGGAGAAGAAGAUGUGUCUGCAGCAAGGGCUUUUGUGGAGCAGUUUUCGCCAGAUGAUUCUGAUAGUGACAUAAAUGUUGGAUGUUUGCUAUAUAAGGAAGGUCAAUAUGAAGAGGCGGCUGUCAAGUUUACUACAGCUAUGCGAGUGCUGGGAUACAAUCCUCAUCUGUGUUAUAGCAUUGCGCUUUCAUAUUAUCAAAUGAAGCAAUAUGCAGUUUCUCUCAAGCAUAUAGCUGACAUCAUUGAGAGAGGAAUAAGAGAUUACCCUGAACUCAGUGUUGGAGUAACAACUGAAGGCAUUGAUGUUCGAAGUGUUGGAAAUACAGCGCUGUUGCAAGAAACAGCUCUGGUUGAAGCUUUUAAUCUGAAAGCUGCCAUUGAAUAUCAACUGAAAAAUUUUGAAGCAGCUAGAGAGGCUUUAACUGAUAUGCCACCUCGAUCGGAGGAGGAGCUUGACUCAGUAACUUUACAUAAUCAUGCUCUCAUGCACAUGGAGGAGCAACCAACACAGGGCUUUGAGAAAUUUCAGUUCUUGCUACAACAGAAUCCUUGUCCACCUGAAACAUUUGGCAAUGUUCUCCUUCUCUACUGUAAAUACCAGUAUUAUGAUCUUGCUGCUGAUGUGUUGGCAGAGAAUGCACACUUGACAUAUAAGUAUCUCACACCCUUUAUGUUUGAUUACUUAGACGCUGUAAUAACACAACAGUCAUCACCAGAUGAUGCAUUUCGAAAGUUUGACACAAUGGCGGCAUCACAAACUGAACAGCUAAGAAAGUUGACUAAACAGGUUCAGUCUGCUCGUCAGAGACAUGAUGAAGAUGAUAUCAAACGUGCUAUCAAUGAUUAUGAAGAGGCCUUAGAGAGAUAUAUUCCUGUCUUGAUGGCUCAGGCAAAGAUCUAUUGGGAUCAAGAAAACUAUCCAAUUGUAGAGAAGAUCUUCAGAAAAUCAGUUGAAUUCUGUAAUGAGCAUGAUGUGUGGAAAUUAAAUGUAGCACACGUUCUUUUCAUGCAGGAGACAAAAUACAAAGAGGCUAUUGGUUUCUAUGAGCCCAUUGUGAAAAAACAUCGUGAAGAUUUGCUAACUGUUAGUGCUAUUGUUCUGGCCAAUCUUUGUGUGUCGUACAUCAUGACUAGUCAGAACGAAGCAGCAGAAGACUUAAUGAGGCGAAUUGAGAAAGAAGAGGAGAAUAUUGCCUACGAAGAUCCAGACAGAAAGAUCUAUCAUUUGUGUAUAGUAAAUCUAGUAAUAGGGACAUUGUACUGUGCGAAAGGUAACUACGAAUUUGGCAUUUCUCGUAUUAUGAAGAGUCUGGAACCAUAUCACAAGAAGUUGGGAACUGAUACGUGGUUUUACACCAAGCGAUGCUUCUGUUCUCUAAUUGAAAACAUGGCUAAACAAAUGAUAAUGCUACGUGAUUCGGUCGUGCAAGAAAUAUUACAAUUUUUCGAUCAUUGUGAAGCUCAUGGAAGAAAUGUUCCAGUAGUAAUAGAACAACCUCUUCAACAUGGUGACAGUCUUCAUGAGGGCAAGAACACCGUUACUUAUGACGCCAGACUGCUAAAGGCUCUUUUCUUGAGAGUAUUGUGAAUUGGAUCAGUUUGAAUGCUUGGCCAUGUCUGAUGUUGUGUCUGUGUGUGCUUGUUUGUAUGUGUUCAUAUACGUGUAGAUAUUAUUGCUGUAGUAUGUGUCUGCUUCAGCUGUUCAUUUGAAAGUAUGGUAGUUAUGGAAAUUGUCGUCAAUUCUGCUGUGCUGUAGAUUUUGAGAUUGCUUCAUUCAUACACAAUUAAA